UUAUCACGCCACGGAUGAAAGUUCAAUUUUAUUCCUCUGCAACUUAUUUACGGAGCGUUCUUUACAUUAAAAGCGUAUCGCUAACCGCUACACUUCGCUCGUGUUGCAUUUCUCGCUUACGUUCGCAGGAUUUCGUUGCACGCGAGCGCCGUCAUGUUUUCUUUGACCAAAAUCGCAAAUCAAAUUCGAGUCUUUGGAGGCUCGCAGGUGUUAAAAACGUGUGCCUCUCAAAGAGCGACAAACCUCGACAGGGAUCAGGAGAAUGUUUUCUCUGUCAGGCGAAUGUCCGGGAAGAGUUUUAACGUGCCUCCGAGCGCAGAGUUUGUAGCGCGAGUCAGCGGGAUCGCGACCAUGUGUAAACUACCGUUCCAGAAAACAGCCGACGGUCUGGACGCCGCGUUUGUCGGAGUACCGAUCGACACCGGCACAUCUAACCGUCCAGGUGCAAGAUUUGGUCCUAGACAAAUCAGAGUAGAAUCAGCUAUGAUAAGGGCAUACAACAGCUGGACACGUGCAGCGCCGUACGAAUCACUAAACGUGGCGGAUAUUGGUGACGUUAACGUCAACCUCUUCGACCUGAAGGACACCUGCAAGAAAAUCCGCGAGACUUACCGUGAAAUUGUGGCCACAGGCUGCAUCCCACUUACUUUGGGAGGUGAUCAUACAAUUGCGUACCCGAUUCUUCAAGCUGUUGCCGAGAGGCAUGGACCCGUGGGCCUGAUUCACGUAGAUGCUCACGCGGACACUAGUGACAUGAUUCUGGGUGAGAAGAUCGGUCACGGUACCCCGUUCAGGCGCUGUGUGGAAGAGGGACUUUUAGACUGCAAGAGGGUCGCACAGAUUGGCCUUCGAGGGUCGGGGUAUUCUCCAGAUAACUAUGAGUGGAGCCGAGCACAGGGUUUCCGCGUAGUGGAGGCUGUGGAAUGCUGGCACAAAUCUCUUGUUCCACUCAUGGAGGAGGUUCGGGCACAGAUGGGAAGAGGUCCUGUAUAUCUCAGCUUUGACAUAGACAGUUUGGACCCAGGGUUUGCUCCAGGCACCGGAACACCAGAGAUUGCAGGCCUCACGCCUAUUCAGGGUCUUGAAAUCAUUCGAGGUUGUCGGGGUUUAAAUCUCGUCGGAUGUGAUUUAGUUGAAGUUGCUCCAGCCUAUGACACCACAGGAAACACUGCUUUGACUGGGGCUAAUCUCCUUUUUGAAAUGUUGUGUGUCCUUCCAAAUGUUAAAUACUAUUAAUUGCUUAUUUCUUAGACAGUUUUCCCUGUCUUAGACACAUUUCGUAUCAGUAAAUACAAGAAUCGCUCAAGAAAUCUAAACUGUGACUUUGUAAUAUACGUACAAGAGCUUUUAUAUGAUCAAAUUAACAUGUCAGUAUUAGCAGCACAUGCUUUUAUCGAUUUAUCAAAAGUGCAGUAUUAACUGUUGAUUCUUUUUAUUUUUAUAAUUGUGAAAUUAGAUACUAAAAGG